AUGAAAGGCACAACAGCUUUAGUAGUAGUAGAUUUGCAAGAGGACUUCUUACCAGAUAAUGGAUCAUUGGCUGUAGCUGAAGGAAGGUCCAUCGUUCCGUUAAUAAAUGGAUUGCUCGAUACUGAAAAAUACCGGUGGUCAGCAGUGAUUGCAACUCAAGAUUGGCACCCAAAAGAUCAUUGUUCAUUUGCAUCGCAACAUAAUGUUUCUCCUUAUUCAGAGAUGGAAUUUAAGCACCCUCUUGGAGAAAAGGAUAGUAAUGGUGAAGUAAAAAGGCAGAAACAGGUCGUUUGGCCCGAUCAUUGCAUUCAGAAUUCGUUUGGUUCUAAGCUUGAUCUGCAGUUUGAAGCUGCGUUUAAUCAGUUAGACCCGAAGGUUCCUAGCACAAUUGUAAAGAAGGGAUACUUGAAAGAUAGGGAAUACUACUCUUGUUUUGAAGAUUGUUGGAAACUACACAAGACUGAAAUCGAAGAUUAUUUGCGAAAUCUUGGUAUCACGGAUGUAGUGUUUGUCGGAAUAGCUUACGACUUUUGCGUUUUGAAUUCAGCUCUUGAUUGUGCAAAGGCUGGAUUUAAUACAUAUGUAAUUAAGGAGUAUUGCAAAAGUGUUUUUCCAGACAAAGAAUCGGCUACAGAUAAAAUAUAUGCUACUGGAAAUGUGAAAAUUAUAUCAACAGAGGAUUUAUAG